AUGGGCUGCCUGGCCAGGCAGAGGAGUCUAGAGGACGAGGAGGAGCAGCAGCGGGAGCGCCGGCGGCGGCAUCGCAACCUGAGCUCCACUACCGACGAUGAUGCUCCCAAAUUCACCCAGAACGGAAACCAGCUGCCUGCAGAGAGACUGCCCAGUGUGGAGGAAGCAGAGGCCCCAGAACCAUCCUCCCAAGCCUCCAAAGAUGAGGAUGAGGACUUCCAGGCCAUUCUCAGGACACGGCACGAGCGGCGGCAGAGGCGGCAGGUGUUGGAGGCUACACAGUUUCCCAUCCAGGACAGGCCGAAGGCAGAGGAGGGCAGAGACAGCUCGGGUCCUGGGUGGUCAGAGCAGCAAUCUCCAGUGCCCCAGAAGGAUUUGGAUGCUCCGCCUCGCCGAAGAUUGAGCCAGGAGCAGCGGGGCCCCUGGGCCAGGGAGGAGGAGAGCUCGGUGGGCAGAGAGCCAGGAGAAGGGAAGAAGGGGGUCCCAGAGAAGGCCUUGGCUCCAGAGAAGACCCCAGUUUCAGAGAAAACCUCUGUUACAGAGAAGAUGUUCACAUUUGAGAAGAGGUCAGUCUCAGAGAAAACCUCCACCUCAGAGAAGGCACCCACCCCUGAGAAAAUAGCAGUGUCAGGAAAGGCAACAGGAUCAGAGAAAAGAUCCAUCUCAGAGAAGAGACUGCUUCCAGAAAGAACAAGUGUCUCAGAGAAGACACCCACUCCUGAGAAAUCAUCAGGCUCAGAAAGGAGACUGGUGUCUGAGAAAGCUUCCAUCUUUGAGAAGUCGCUGGUCUCAGAGAAGACCCCAGCCACAGAGACAAAGCUGACCCUUAAGAGGGCAGUAGUGUCUGAGCAGCCCCAGGCCGGGGGGCAGCUGUCUUCUGACGUGGCCCAGCCUGCCACCAUGGAGCAGAGAAGAAGGACACUCUCUGAAAAGAGCCCCCCUCCCUCUGCAGAGCCAACAGAGCAGAGGGAGUCAGACUCUGUAACUGUGGCUUCCCGCCUCCCGUCCUUCACACUCCAGGUGAAAAUCCCUAGCAAAGAGGAAGAAGCAGACACAACCUCAUCCACCCAGAUCACCUACAGCAGCUCCCUCAAACGCUCCAGCCCCAGGACCAUCUCCUUUCGGAUGAGCCCCAGGAAGGACAACUCGGAAGCAACUUUAACCCGCAGUGCCAGCGUGAGGCUUCCCGCUAGCACAGUCAAGUUAGGAGAGAAGCUGGAGAGAUACCACACGGCAAUACAGAGAUCAGAAUCAGUCAAGUCUCCAGGCUCCUCCCGCACAGAGUUCUUUGUGGCUCCUGUGGGUGUAGCCAGCAAGCGCCACCUCUUUGAGAAGGGGCUGGCCAGCCAGAGUCUAGGAGAACCAGCUCCCAGCCGGAAGGAGAACUUAAGGCUUUCAGGGGUUGUGACAUCAAGGCUCAACCUGUGGAUCAGCAGGACCCAGGAGUCUGGAGAGCAGGACUCCCAGGAGAUGCAGAAAGAGUCAGCAGCCACCAAGAGGACCCAGUGGGGAAAGAAAUCAGAUACCUCCCUGGAGGCUGAGGUAUGA